CACUGGUCCACACUAUCCACUCCCUCGCCCCAUGCUCGUAACAGCCGACCGCCCGCUCUACCCGGUCAUGUCGGUCCCGUCCCUGAGCCGUGCGGAAGCCGACUCCCACGAGCCAAGCCCCGAGCGUGAAACCGCAGAUUAGGGGCCAACUCUAAGCGCGCUUUUUCAGCCACUCCAUGUGUUUGCCUUAUAACUAGCGGCUGACUGCUGCCUUGCGCCGCCACGCCUCACUACUUCAUAUUAGCCUUUCCCUCCUGCUUUCAUCUUCAUUCUUGGAUGGAUGUUUUGAGAUUGAGCUACUCUUGACAAGGCCGCAGCCCCCUUCCCCACACCGUCAUCCUACUCCAUUGCCGCGGGAACUGGUUUACUAGCACCGUUUUCUUGCCCCACCAUGUCAGCCAUGGAGAAGAAGGAACCUUUGACCCAGGUCUACUCCGUACCACCAUCCCCGACUGGACUCCCGCAAUGGAACCCAGACCGGACAACGUCGCCACCCUCGAUCAAGGAAAAAAUUGCCACGGCAUUAUGUAUCGCCCUCAAUACCUUCGCCACGGUUGCCAUGGUAUUCCUGAGCAAAAAGAUCUUCUCCGACCCGCAAAUGCAUGACGCCCAAGUGCUCUUCACCAUCUGGCAUUUUGCCUGCACCGCCGCCGUACUUUGGCUUGCCAGCCGCGCGCCAUUCCGAGCUUUCAAACCCGUCAGGCUGCCCGUUCGGAAAAUUCUUCCUAUCUGUGUCCUUUUCACCGCAUAUGUCAUCCUGGGCAACAUGUCCUUGUCCUACAACACCAUUGGAUUUUAUCAGCUUGCCAAAGUCAUGACGACGCCCGUUGUCGUCUUGAUCACGUUCGUCAUGUUCAAGACACCAAUUUCCAUGUCCAAGGCUCUAGCGAUUCUCUGCAUUUGUCUUGGUGUGAGCUUGACAAACUCAAGCUCAGCGCAAAGCAAUCCCCUUGGGGCGAUCAUUGCCGUUGGAGCCGUUGUGAUCACGGGAUUUUACCAGAUUUUGAUCGGCAAGAAGAUUGAAGACUUGGAGGUCACUGCGCAGCAGCUUCUGUUGAAUCAGGCUCCGCUUUCUGCUUUUCUCCUUAUCUUUUUUGUGCCUGUCUUAGACACUGUUCCUGAUUUCCGCACGAUACCCACGAACAUUUACUGGUCUUUGCUCGGCUCUGGCGUCAUGGCUUGUCUCCUCAACCUGUCUCAGUUCCUUAUCAUUAGCCGCACGUCGGCCUUGACUUUCAACGUUGUCGGCAACCUUAAGACUAUCCUAAUUCUUUCCGGCGGCUGGUACCUGGAAGGCAAAUUGCCUACGCAAACCGAAGCGGCCGGCGUGCUGCUCGCCCUCGGCGGCGGAUGGCUGUACUCUCAUCUCAAGCGCAAAUGAGAGAUCAAUCUAAUCUCCUUUGUAACGACAUACGAAACUCGCGUUCCAGCUUCCUGGUGCUCGCUGGAGCAAAAACCUACGGUAGCAGAUGGAUUAUGAUCCAAAGCUGCUAGGCCAAGUCCUAACACGGGCUUCGAGCCGCGAUCACACUUCCUUCGGGUUGUGAUUGAUAGACCCGAUACCGGCAUGCCGAAAUGCACGGCACAAGGCCAAAUCGGACGUCAACACCGGAAACCCAAGGGUGUGCACUUCCUCCAGGAUAGUCUCUGGAAGCGUAAUUUGAGGCAUGCGAGGAGGCAUGAAUGAGGCGAGAGCGCCAGAGGAUGAGGCGGACUUCAAGGCGUUUGGCGACGUUGGCAGCGUCAGGAUUGAUUGAUGGAGCUUUAUGGGUCACGGCCACACUAGAAGCGGGGGUGGGUACCACAGGAGAAGCUGGGUGCAUAAACAAGAGCAUUGAUAGAUCAUACGUAUGAAAGUC